AUGGAGGUGAUGUCUGAAUUUUAUGGUGAAGAUUGCAUUGUACCCUAUGGCCCGAGAACAAUAUCAAACUUGAGGUCAUCAUUCAGAAGCGAGAACAAAGAGCUUGACAUAAGUGACACACUUGAGUAUUUCAAAGAGUUGCAGCAAAAAGACCCAGAAUUCUUCUACGAAUUCUCCUUUGAUUCAGAAAACAGAGUUGAACACAUUUUUUGGGUUGACAGUUUGGCAAGAAGAGCAUAUGCAGAAGCAUACCAUGAUUGCAUCUCGUUCGACACUACUUUCUGUACAAAUAUAUUUAGCAUGCCGUUUGCACCAUUCAUUGGUAUAAAUAGACAUGGGCAGUCAUUUAUGUUGGGUUGUGGUUUCCUAAGAGAUGAAAAAGAAGACAAUUUUGAAUGGUUGUUCCGCGUCUUUUUGAAAGCAAUGAAAGGGAAGCAACCAACCAACAUAAUUACAGACCAAGAUUGGGCUAUGAGGAAUGCAAUAUCUGCUAUUUUUCCAUUAUGUUGCCAUCGAAACUGCAGAUGGCACAUAAUGAAGAAAGCUAAUGAGAAACUUGGAUCAUUCCUAGGACGACAUCCAAGCCUGGCUGAAGAUUUCAAUGAAUGUGUUGACGAGAGUAUGACUGUAGAAGAAUUUGAAGCAAACUGGGCAGAACUGAUUCAGAAAUGGGAAUUGUCGCAGAACGAAACAUUCAAUUGGUUGAAGAGUAAUGCUCAUACAUGGGUUCCAUGUUACUUCAGGGAUCGCUUCUUCCCCUUCUUGCAGUCAACUCAAAGAAGCGAGGGAUUCAACGCUGUUUUAAAGCGGUGCAUUAAUCCAAAAAAUUCAAUCAAGCACUUUGUGAGGCAGUAUGAGAAAAUUCAGGCCAAGAUAUUGGGUAAGGAGGGCAACAAUGAUUACAGGACAGAUGAGCUUGAGGUUCAGCCAAGAACAACUUUCCCGAUAGAAAAGCAUGCGAUGGCAGUUUAUACAAGGGACAUCUUCCACAGGUUCAUGCUGGAGUUUGGACUUAUUGGUCGAUACGAUGUGCAAGUGAUUGGAACAAACAUGUAUGAGUUAAUUCCUAACAACCUUAGAUGCUACCCUUAUGGGUCCAGAAACUACUAUGUAAAUGGUAGUGGUGGUGCCUACAACUGUGAUUGCUGCAAGUAUCAGCGCGAUGGUAUUCUUUGCUGCCACGUGCUAAAAGUGUUCACGCACGUAGGAAUUAAUGCGAUACCGGAGAUGUUCAUCAUGCGCAGAUGGACUCAGCAAGCAGUAGAGUAUGUGCCUAUGCAUACUGGACGAUACAAGAUGAUGUGA